AUGAAGCCAGUCACGCCGCCAGCAAUCCCGAAAGUUGACCCGCGGACUGCUCGAAACCUGCUGCGAAAAGCCUUCAGGUUCAGCGCAGGGUCGCUGCCGAGCCAGAACCAGAUCCGAACAGACCACGAGAAAUAUCUCCUCGAAACACCUAUCGGUCGCGACUUCGCCUUAGUCACGGCACUUGGUAUAGAAUUCAAGAUUCACUCCAUGAUGCUUAUCGGCGGUCCAAAGAUGUUGCAGGAGGGUCUCUAUCCUGGUGGUGCGCCGAACCUGAGUCCUCCAACUCUCGUUAAUCUUCCGCCCCACUUCCACCCGAUGCUUGUUGACCGCAUCGUUUGCUUCCUAUAUCGCGGGAGUUAUAGUAUCGACAAUUUCUCCACAACUGCGCCGUUGCCGCAUGCGACCCAUGCGCCGGAUUCAUCUUCUCCAGAGGCCUACCGUAUCCCAAAUCUUCCUAACCACAUGUUUCACCUCCACAUGUACGCUCUGGCCGAGGAGCUCGAGUACGAUGCUCUACUCUCCGCCGCUCACGCCAAGCUUUACCAACUGGUGACGUAUAGGUUCACCCCUCAGCAUCUCAAAGAACUCGUCGACGCAACUUUUGCACCUCUCGGCUCAGCUACACGAAUCUGUAAAGACGAACAAGGCUACUUGCAGCAGCUUGUUGCCGUUGCCACUCUUACUCAAGAGGCGAACCACUGGACUGAUGCGGCGAAGGAGGAGUUUGUAGACUUGAUGCAGUUAGAGGAGUACGCGAGCUUCUGGGAGAUGUGCAAGAUCCUAAAGGAGCAAAACCAGGAUCUGCUGGCCUCAGUUCCGAAACCUAAGGGCCCCAGCAAAGAGAAAGUGAGGAAGCCGAGGCAUGGCGUACAGAAGAAGGCUGCAGCGAAAACUGACAAGAAGUCCGCGGCUCUGACGAAAGCACUCAAGACGCUCACGACUGAUGGCGGUAAAGAUAUGGACAUGGAAGUGGACUGA